UUUUAAUAGAAGAUGGGAAAAGAAAUUAUCAGUAAUGGAAAAGCAGAUGGUCGAUCAUCCAUGGGGAACUAUGACUCCUAUAAGACUUUUGGAUAAGCAUUUAAAGCUGCUCAUUCUUCAGGUGGACCAGGACAUACUUUCACUUAUCGUGGGAAAAUGUACACAACAGAUUGUAAGGACGGAGGGGAUUAUCGAAAAAAAAAAGAUGAUAGAGGUUCUUUCCUUCAUCGUGUAAGCCAAUAUGGACAUCAAAUCAAUAAAUUUGUCAAAGAAUCAACAGGUUUUCAUUGCCAAGAUUAUCUAACUGGAAGAGGCUAUAAAUGGUCAUCUGAUGUAGAUAAGCAAAGAGUUGAAUAUCAUCGACGUGAGAUUGAAAAGUAAUAGAAAAAAUAAUAAAAAAAAAAAAANACACACUUAAUUUUAACAAGCACUUACUAUUAUUAAUUGUAUUUAGAAGUAUCUCUUUUUCAUUAAACGAACAUAAUUUUAUUUAUUUUGAAAUUAAAUUCGAUUCACGCAGUUAUAAUUAAAAAUAACUUAACAUAUCAUUCAAUUAUUAAUUACUUCUUAUAGUAUCAGACUCUUAAUAUUCUUAUUGAUUAUAGUCUUAAUUAUGAUCAUGAUCAUUUUUUAAUAUUAUGGUUAUAACUAUUAAGUUUGAAUCUCUAAUGCUGGUUAUAGUUAGAUUAGAAUUAUUUUAAGAAAAGCUCUUAUUUAAAAUAAUUCUUAUACUUGAUCUGCAUUUUUAUUUGA